AUGCCCGGCGACGGCGACGCCUGGCAGCGGUUCGCGGCGCCGCAGCUGCCCAGGCCGGCCAGGCCGGCUGGCGCCGCCCCCGCCCCGCCGUUCGCCAGGUCUGCGCUGAGGAAGGGCGGCGACCAGCCGCGGGGGGCGGCGCCGCUGCCCAGGUCCGCGAGCGCGACGACGAAGCUCCACGAGCGACACGGCGACACGUACACGGUGGCCUCGGGUCGCCAGACGGCGGCGACCCUGGCGCUGUACCGAGGCGUCGCCGACGACGACCCCGCACCGACGCCGGCGGCGUGCGGCGCGGUGCAGGAAGUGACGCCCAGCCCGGAGGAGCAGUUCCAGAACGCGGCUGCGUCGGCGGCGGGGGCGGCGUACCGCAAGCGGCCGUCGCUGCUCGGCCUGUUCGGCGGCGCCGCCCCCGCCAGUGGAGGCGUGGCCGUCGCAGUCGCCUCGACCUCCUCUGGUACCACCUCCCCCGUCGGCAGUGGCCAGAAAGCGCGCAAGGGCAGCGGCGGCCGCUGGCAGCCGCUCUACUCGUCGACGCCGUUUCGUCCGCCGCCGGACGCCGGAAACGGGUCGGAGGCUGCCACACCGGAAGACGACAGGCUGCGCAUGCGCACUGCCAGGUGCGCAGCGGUAGCGCCGCGCGCCGUGGCGCGUGGGCGUCACGAGCAGGAGGAAACCUGCCACGUGGUGCGCACGCGUCAAGAGCAGGAAGAGUCCGGCGGCGGCGCCACCACCACCACCACCACCACCACCACCACCACCACCAGCACCAGCAGCCACAACAGUAGCAGCGGCGGCGGCGCUGGCCAGCGGCCGCGCUACUUGGAACACAGGGCGGGCUACACGUUCACCAUUCCCCCUGAGCCCUCUCCGCUGACAAAGUACGAGGGCCGGCACUCCUCGGCGGACCUCGGUGACUUCAAACAGCGUCAGCGGGACUCGCAGCCAGUAUCAGCACCGGUGCUGGGAAUCGAGGACACAGAGGAGAUGGACGUGGACAACGACGACGAGGAGAACUCCGUGGACCUGUCGUCGGAGCAGGCGGACGAGCCGAGCAGCGGCGCUGGAGGCGGCGGCGGAGGCGGCGGGCUGGCCAACAGGCAGGGCUCGCUGGAGCUGGACGAGUCGCUGGGCAUCCUGACGCCCGACCAGAUGAAGGAGCCGUUCUCGCUGCUGGGCGACAGCGCCGCCACCUUCCUCUGCGGCGGCGCGCCCGCGCCGUGGGCCGGCGGCGAGAACUCGGCGCUGCGCAUGGACGCGCUGUGCCGCGAGGUGGUCUACGUGGACCAGUUCUCCUUCCCCGAGUACGACUCCAUCAUGGACACGGUGGAGGAGGGCGGCCGGGCGGCCCGGCUGCCGGUGGACACGCCGGUGCGGGAGGAGGCCGCGCUGCUCGACGACGACGACACCAAGACCGAGGACGCGUCCGACGCCACCACGCAGCUCACAGCGCUGCUGAGGGUCGCAGACAGCGUGAGGCCGGUAGUGUGUGCUAUGAGGGAACGUGCCCCUGAGCUGUGCUGCACGCAGUGGGCUCAACAAAAGGCGCGUCUGCGGGCGGGUGUGACGUUUCAGCGAGACACAUUCGCUGGUGCAAGUAUUGUUCAUUCAGUGAAUCCCGAUCUAAGGAUGGACGGCUUCAUUUCUCGUGUUCACCACAGCAACGUGACACCUCGCUCCGAUCUGUCCUGGAGGCCGUGUCGUGACGAGUAG